UGGAGGAUGGAGUUGACGAAAUCAAAGGAUUUCUCUUAAUUUUUAGGCAUUUCUCACUAAUUAUAAACAGACCAAGUACUUGAAAUGUUGUGCUCAGGUCAAGGAGACCCGGAGACCAGGAAUCUACUGCUCUCGUUUCUGAUUCUAGCAGUCUGGGAGGCAGGAAACUGCCAGCUUCGCUACUCGGUCCUGGAAGAGGCCAAACACGGCACCUUUGUGAGCCGCAUCGCGCAGGAUCUGGAGCUGCAGCCGACAGAUUUGGUGCAGCGCCCAUUGCAGUUGGAUUUCAAAGGCCGCGGUGACCUUCUGGAGGUAAAUCUGCAGAAUGGCAUUUUGUUUGUGAAUUCUCGGAUUGACCGGGAGGAGCUGUGCGGGCGGAGCGCGGAGUGCAGCAUCCACCUGGAGGUGAUUGUGGACAGGCCGCUUCAGGUUUUCCAUGUGGAGGUGGAGGUGAAGGACAUUAACGACAACCCGCCUGUGUUCGCAGCUCCACAAAAGAAUCUCUUCUUCGCGGAAUCCAGGGUGCUUGACUCUCGGUUUCCACUAGAGGGCGCAACCGAUGCAGAUAUCGGGGAGAAUGCUCUGCUCACUUACAGACUGAGCCCCAAUGAAUAUUUCUCGCUGGACGUACCAACCAAGGAUGAGCAGGUAAAACCUCUUGGACUUGUAUUACGAAAGCCUUUAGACAGAGAAGAAAACCCAGAGCUUCAUUUAUUGCUUAUGGCCACUGAUGGAGGCAAACCCGAACUGACUGGCACUGUUCAGCUACUCAUCACAGUGCUGGAUGCCAAUGAUAAUGCCCCAGUUUUUGACAGAACACUCUAUAAAGUAAAAUUACCAGAAAAUGUACCUAAUGGAACAUUGGUAAUCAAACUCAAUGCAUCAGAUUUAGACGAAGGUUUGAAUAAGGACAUUAUUUAUUCAUUCUCAAGUGAUGUUUCAUUGAAUAUGAAAGCCAAAUUCCACAUAGAUCCCAUAACUGGGGAAAUUACAGUGAUAGGACUAAUUGAUUUUGAGGAAAGUAAAGCCCACAAGAUUCAAGUACAGGCUACUGAUAAAGGAUUCCCACCACUCUCUGGUCAUUGUACAGUUCUUGUGGAAGUUGUGGAUGAAAAUGACAAUGCUCCACAGCUGACUGUCAAAACUCUCCAGCUUCCUGUAAAAGAGGAUGCACAAAUGGGAACAGUUAUUGCACUUGUCAGUGUGACUGACCUAGAUGCAGGUGCAAAUGGACAGGUGACAUGCUCCUUGACGCCUUCUGUCCCCUUUAAGCUGGUGUCCACCUUCAAGAAUUACUAUUCAUUGAUGCUGGAUGGCGUCCUGGAUCGGGAGACUGUUUCCUUCUAUGAGUUGGUGGUGACCGCUGGAGACGGGGGCUCACCUUCACUGUGGGCCACGGCCAGCAUGUUUGUGGAGGUGGCUGAUGUGAACGAUAAUGCGCCGGCUUUUGCACAGCCGGAGUACACUGUGUUCGUGAAGGAGAACAACCCGCCGGGCUGUCACAUCUUCACCGUGUCAGCGCGGGACGCGGACACGCAGGAGAACGCGCUGGUGUCCUACUCUCUGGUGGAGAGGUGGGUGGGCGAGCGAGCGCUGUCGAGCUACGUGUCUGUGCACGCGGAGAGCGGCAAGGUGUACGCGCUGCAGCCUCUGGACCACGAAGAGCUGGAGCUGCUGCAGUUCCAGGUGAGCGCGCGCGAUGCAGGCGUGCCACCGCUGGCCAGCAACGUGACGCUGCAGGUGUUCGUGCUGGACGAGAACGACAAUGCGCCCAAGCUGCUGACGCCUCGGGUUGGUGGCAGUGGCCACACGGUGACUGAGCUGGUGCCGCGGUCAGUGGGGGCGGGUCACGUGGUGGCAAAGGUGCGCGUGGUGGACUCUGACUCAGGCUACAAUGCAUGGUUGUCUUACGAGCUGCAGCCUGCGGCUGGCAGCACACGCAGUCCAUUCCGUGUGGGUCUGUAUACCGGAGAGAUCAGCACGACACGUGCCCUCGAUGAUGCCGACGUGUCGCUCCAGCGCCUGCUGGUGCUGGUGAAGGACCACGGUGAGCCCCCACUGAUGGCCACGGCCACCGUGUUGGUGUCACUGGUGGAGAGCGGCCAGACGCAGAAAGCCUCUUCUCUGGCGUCUACUGGGGUUGCAGGCCCGGAGGCCAUGGUGAUGGAUGUUAACGUGUACCUGAUCAUCGCCAUCUGCGCGGUGUCCAGCUUGUUGGUGCUCACGCUGCUGCUUUACACGGCGCUGAGGUGCUCGGCGCCACCCACUGAGGGCAAGUGUAGGGCUGGGAAUCCCACAGUGAUGAGCUCCAGCCAAAUAGGAAGUUGGUCUUACUCGCAGCAGAGGCGCCAGAGGUGUGCUCUGGGGAGGGUCCCUCCAAGACAGACCUAA